AUGAUCCUGGGGGUUAUCUCACUUAGGUGGUUUGCUGUCAUGUCGGGUCGAGGAAAAGGUGGAAAGGGCCUGGGGAAAGGGGGUGCUAAGCGGCAUAGAAAAGUGCUGCGAGAUAAUAUCCAAGGCAUUACUAAGCCUGCUAUCCGCCGCCUGGCUCGUCGCGGUGGCGUCAAGCGCAUCUCCGGGCUGAUCUACGAGGAAACCCGCGGGGUGCUCAAGGUUUUCCUGGAGAACGUGAUCCGGGACGCCGUCACCUACACGGAGCACGCCAAGCGGAAGACUGUCACGGCUAUGGAUGUGGUUUAUGCGCUCAAGAGACAAGGACGCACCCUUUAUGGUUUCGGAGGCUAA